AUACCAAAUAUGAUCAUUUUGGCAAUAAUUUUGGUUGCAACAAUUGUAACAAACUGUGAAGGUAAUCCACUGAAUUAUGGAUGGAAUCCAGAACUUUAUAACCAACAUUCAAAUCAUGGAUAUAGUUAUGGAUCCUAUGGUUAUCAACCUGCAGGAUAUGGUCCAGCUCCUUACUCUUACUAUCAACCACAUCAGCAACACUUCACUCCAAGCUGGAGUGGAUUCAGAAACGGCUUUAGGAAUUUUAUUUAUCCUGUAUACAGCUACUUACCAAGUGUUGGUAAUUUAUUGAAAAGCGGUGCAUAUGGAGCUUUGAAAGGUGCAGGUGUUGGAGCAGCAAUCGGUGGUGUUGCUGGCUUGAUAGGAUAA